AUGGAAAACAACAUACUGCACGGCGGUAAGCGUGCACACACUAUCAAACAUAAGGAUUAUGUUCCAACCGUUUCCGACAACUUCAGUGCAAAUGUAGUUGUUGAUGGUAGCACUGUCAAUUUUGGGUUGUGGGAUACUGCCGGUCAAGAGGAUUACAAUAGAUUAAGGACCUUGAGCUAUCGUGGAGCGGAUGUUUUCCUUCUUGCUUUCUCACUCAUUAGCAAGGCCAGCUACGAAAACAUUGCAAAUAAGGUUAGAGCUUUCUAG